UGACCAUGCCAGGAGGGUAGGCAACCAUUUGGGAAUGCGACAGGUUCGACACCAUUCUCUGCUUGGCACACCACAGUGUGCACGUGUGGAAUCACUAUCGCCUCCAUACUUGGUAAAGUCGCUUGCGGGAGCGCAUCUUCAGCCAAGCAUGCCUACGGACAAUGUGUGUAGUGAAGUCAAAUUGAUUCAUCGCGCAUCUGAAUGCUGGGAGAUGCUGGGAGAGAGGGAUAAAACAUCGCUGGGACAUCUGACAGAUGUCCAGCCCGUAAAAGGUCCAAGCUCAGAAUGCUUCUCAAGCGUCGUCCCCUUCACAAAGCAGACAAGGCAUGGUAAGACUGUUCUAAGACUAAGAUUGUGUGAAGCUGGGGGCUUGUCAGUUGCCUCAUUCUAGUUUUGUUCAGGGUUGUGCUGGUGUGUCACUGGAUUGAUCUUGCAAGGCUCUUUGGCACUUCUGCAAUAUUCCGGCCCAAUUGGAGCCUUGCAACAGACACGUCUGGCGAGAGAGUAGUUUGUUUCACGCUUUGAACACGCUGCCAUGGAGAACUUCAAUGAGGCCAUUCAUGUGGCCGUCGGGGAGUUCCAUGGAAAGUUGAACGAUCUGAUCUUGGCUGAGUUGAAAAACAUGGAGUACCGGAUCAAGGAUGAACUUGCGCAGAGCAACUUCAUACCACCGCCACAACCUUCCCUAGGGGGAAUUGUGCAGGCCACUGCCACAGAUGAUGAUGUGGCUUCAGCACCUUCACCUUCAGCAAAGCACAUGUCAUCGUUGAAGGUGGAGGACGGCGGAGAGCAAGAGACAGGGUUUCAAGCAGAAGAAGACGCAACAUCAGUGGAGUUGCGCGAGGAUGCUCACAAAGAAAUGCUCAAGAAAUCACACACUUACGCGAAGGCAACCCGGGAGUCGUCGCGUGCAAAGAAACGCAGAUUUUUCUCUAGCGUGGUCACAGAGAAAUCUUUUGAGUCUACGUUUCGCACUGGAUCCGCGAAGGAAUGCUUUCUGACGUUGCCCAAUUCUCCCUACUUCGAUAUUUUCUGGGCCUUGGUGAUUGCCUCCAAUGCAGCAUACUUGGGUGUACAACUCAGCCUCACCCAACAGCAGCACUUGAUUUCGGUCCACAUCGUUUACGCACUCCUUUUCACUCUGGAACUGUCCAUGCGAAUGGUGUCUGUAGGUCCAAGAAAAUACUUUUUGGCACCUCCAGGGUGGGGGUGGAAUUGGUUAGAUGUAAUAGUGGUCACAUCUUCUUGGCUAGACAUUAUCUUGGUCUUCAUUGGCUCAACGGGCGGAGAGGCAGUUGGUUCGAGCUUUCGGGUGUUAAGGCUUCUGAGAGUCUCACGUUUGCUGCGCAUUGUGAAGACCUUGUGGAUCGUGCGGUUUGUGGGUGCGCUGCGCACGAUGGUGUCCUCCCUAGUGGAUACCUUCAAGUCACUUUUUUGGGCUUUGCUUCUUCUUUUCCUCAUCAUUUACAUCGCCGGGGUGCUCUUCACGGAUAUGGCGUUGGAACACCUGGCAGAGUCCGAUGACCCGGAUAAUGACCCAUACAUGCAGUGGUUCUUCGGAACUCUGGGAGAUUCAAUGCAGACUCUGUUUCGAUCCAUCUCUGGAGGCUUUGAUUGGGCUGAAGCAGCUGAGGCCCUUCGACCUUUGGGAGCGAUUUGGGUGCAGGUCUUUCAAUUCUACAUUGC